AGAGAGCAGGCGCAGAAAAUUUAAGCAUACAGGGACAAGUUCCUCGCACAUCAAGCCCUUCUUACUACAUAUCACAACGGACCUUUCAUCAUGUCGAUAGAUGACCUCGAAGGCAGAACGGUGCUUGCCUCGAUUAAGGAGACGAUUGAUGCCCCGGCAAAUGAGAUCUGGCCAUUUCUUUCCGCUAUCGGAGCGGAAAGAAUCCUGAUACCAGGGUGUACGAGGUCAUCAGUCCUGGAAGGGUACGGAAAGGGUGCCAUACGAAGAGUGUAUUUCGGGGAUGUCUUUUUUGACGAGCGGAUCUUAGAGUGCGAUUCGAUACUGUAUAAGUUGAAGUAUGAAGUUAUAGAGCCGAACCGGAGUCCAGCGACGGGUGUCGUUGCGGCGGUGCAACUGCACCCUUCCGAGUCGGAGAAAACAACCAUCAUUACAUGGGUGUCCGGCGCCGAGAUUGUCCCGCCAGAACAUGCGGAUAUGCUCCGAGAACAGGCACUGGGAUUCUGUCAAGGUCAAGCUGCAUCUCUGCGAAGGUUGAGCGAAGCCGCAACUAAGACGACAUGA